AUGGCGUCGAAUACAGGCAAGGCUGGCGUCAUCAAGGCUUCCGACGAUAAGAAUCCCAUGGACAAGCUUGCACACGCCGUGCUCGACGACUUAUUAUACAACAUUGUCCACGACUUGUUGAUCAAGGUGCACCGCGACGAGAAGAUUGCCCGUGCGGCGACUGCCGCCAUCCGUGUCGAGAAGCUGGCUUCCGAUACCUCAGACUCGUCCUUGACAGACUCCAGACCUGACGUCAAAGUUGAGACGGAUGCUGCAUUAUACGACGAUGGCAAGGUGACACUGAAAGGAAACCCGCUCCUUACCACGAAAGACAUAGUCUGCCCGCGAUGCCACCUGCCUCGUCUACUGUAUCCUACCGACGGCAAGGGAGCACGAAAACAAGACCCCAGCAUAAUUUACUGCAAGAAGUACCCGUACAUCAACAAACCUGGUCAUGACAUCUAUGGACAGACAUGGGUACAACAAGGACCGGGCAGAGGCAAGAAGAAAAAGGACAUGGAAAAGAAGCUCGAAACACCUCAAGACACUCCAGGCGCGACGCCCACGCCCGAAGAUGGCAAAGGUGGCGCUGCGUCCCGACCGCCCCAUGUGCUCUCGUUCCCCUCUGCCACCUGCAGCAAGUGCAAGCGCUGCAUUCUCGUCACGCGCCUGAACAAUCAUAUGGGCUCGUGUAUUGGGAACAGUGGCCGCAACGCCAGCCGUGCCGCGGCACAAAAGAUUAGCAACGGCAGCAGCAAUGGACACAACGGCAGCCAAGGUGACGGCACCCCUCCAAACAGCCAGAAGGGAACACCCCACCCAGGAUCGAGAGCGAAUAGUCCCAAGAAACGCGAUGGAGAUGAAAUGGACGAGGACGAGGACUCCGAAAACGAAGCCCCGAAGAAGAAGAAGCUCAAGCCGACGGCUGCGAAUUCGACUAAGAAAGUGAUCUUGAAGACCAAGAGUAGCGGGCCUAAGAAGGAGAAGGUCAAGACGAGCUCUUUGUUGAGUGUCGAGCAAAAGGUCGACGAUGAUGCCGAGGGCUCGACGGUCGAGGUCGCACCUAAAAAGAAGAUCACAAAGACAGCCAGUCCUGCUAAAAAGCUCAAGCUGGGUGUCCCGAAGCCACUGCUCACGUCCCCGGCAUCCAAGAACGGCAAGGCCAACGGCAGCGGCGGAGGAGGAGGCGGCGGUGACGAUGCGGGUAGUGAAAGUUCGGGCACGCUAAGUUCGCCGCCGAUUGUAUAA